AUGACACUUGAAAAUGUUAAGAAUGAGUACAUGAAAAACUACCACAAUUUUAUAAGGAAACUAUCGAAGCAUGGAAUCGUAUACGGGGAGGAAAAACCUGAUGUGCCUAAGAAUAAAAGGGAAAUAGGAGACCAUGUCAUCUGCGGAAAUAUGAACAUAACAAACAAAGAUCCUUGUUUUUCAUCUCCGUGCAUGAAUGGUGGGUUGUGUUCAAAGACGAAUGAUCACUAUGAGUGUCUUUGCCCGCGGCACUACACAGGAUCGGAUUGCCAAACUGUAGUACCUGUCGGUGCCUGCUAUGAUGGUGAAGAGAUGUUAUAUAAUGGAAAAACCUUUUUUAAUGACAUCUGUCAGCAGAUGUGUGAGUGUAAAGAUGGUGUGAUAACAUGUGACACCGAUUCGUGCCCGAAACCUGCGUGUACCAAUCCCGUGUACAUCCCGAAUCGGUGCUGCCCGGUCUGCUGGCCUGAAGAAAAAAAUGGAUUUUGUCCAGAAACUUCGUUCUCUGAUAUUGGAACAUGCGAGGAAACUUGUCGGCACGAUGUUAAUUGUACUGGUGACCAGAAAUGCUGCUUUAACGGCUGCGGGCUAUCGUGCACGGAUCCGCAAUCAGAACCGACAACUUUAUGUGAGCGAUCUCCUUGCCAGAACGGAGGAACUUGUAUUGACAUUUUAUCUACUGUAAUUAUGUGUCAGUGUUCUCCGGGUUUUCAUGGAAGACAUUGUGAAAUACCAGAUGGACAACCUUGUUACUAUGAGGACGAAUGUGUCUGUAAUGAUGGCUUCUUUGAUUGCUAUAAUAGAUGUGCUGAGAAGCUCGGAGAGUGCCCAGAAGUUCUAGAAUACAAUUAUAUCUACGAGUGUGAGCUAGAUGGUGAUUGCCCUGGUGAUGAGAAAUGUUGCGAUGGUUUAUGCUCCGAACCAAAGCGAACUGGAUAUCCUUGUACAUACCUUGGAAUGCAACUUCGGGAUGGUGAAUCAUUCCACGAAACCUGUAAAUUUUGCAUCUGCAAAGCCGGAGAAGUACAUUGCGACGAAUCCUUGUGUGAUGAAGUAAAACCUGGGACUUGCCCAGAGCGAAACGGUGGAUUUGGAAUUUGUGUUACCGAAUGCAGAUUUGAUACGGAAUGCCCAGGAUUAGAGAAAUGUUGCAGUAAUGGAUGUGGGGAUGUCUGUCUUUUACCACAAGAACAAAGUAAUCCAUCAUCCUGUUACUUCGAAGACGAUUGGUAUGCAGAUGGUCAAAUAAUCAAUUCUGGUUGCGGUAGCUGCUUUUGCACAAACGGAUCAGUUGUCUGUAGAACCCCAAUUUGCCCUCUAGCUGAUUGUUAUGACCCGGUGUAUGUUAAAUCUGAAUGCUGCCCCGUUUGUAUUGAAUAUUACAGUCAUCCCGGGGAAUGUCCUAGUGUUCCUACUACUACUACUUAUUCACCAACUUCAUGUGAUUUUCAUUGUCGCGACGACUAUCACUGUAAUUCAACUGAAAGGUGCUGUUCUACAGGCUGUGGAUCGAUGUGCAUGGUAGCAGUGGCAUUAGAUCACGAAGGAAUGUGUCCCUUUUUGGCCAACGAUGGUCUUGUAUACACCCAUGAAACAGAAUGCCAGAGAGAUGACCACUGUGCACCAAAUGAAAAGUGUUGCUAUGAUUUAUAUGGAACAAAAGCCUGUUUGGAAUCUAUACCAGAAGAUUCAAUAAUUUGUGAUGAUGGACCAUGUAAGAACGGCGGGACUUGUGAAGGUUCAUUUAGGGAGCCGUGGAUUUAUCGGUGUCACUGCGCAGAUGGCUACGCAGGAAGCAACUGCGAAGAUCUAGUCGUUGAUCGUUGCCAUGUGGCUGUCAACCCAUGCUCGAAUGGAGGAACUUGUACUGGUAACCCGGAAUAUCCAUGUGAAUGCGUAUUGGGAUUUACAGGCCCGUUUUGUGAAGAAAGUUGUGAUGCAAGUAUCUGUCAGAAUGGAGGAGCCUGUACUGGUUAUGAUUAUUAUCCCUGUUAUUGCGAUUUCGGAUUCGCUGGUUCUUUUUGUGAAAAAGCUGUGUGUGACCCAAAUCCUUGUCAAAACGGCGGUACUUGUACAGGAAUUGAUUGGUUACCAUGUUUAUGUACAUAUGGUUUUGGUGGAUUUCAUUGCGACGAAGACGACCCCUGCAGUUCGAGUCCAUGCAUGAACGGCGGCAGCUGUAUACCAGGUGGCUUUGAUUUCUUUAAUUCUUCUACUUCUUCUACUGACGCUGGUGAUUGGUACUGUUAUUGCCUUCCAGGAUAUGGAGGCGAUUUUUGCGAAACAGAUUUGUGUUCCCCGAAUCCAUGUCAGAAUGGAGGUACUUGCUCAGGAUAUGAAACGCCACUAUGUUACUGUCCAUACGGCUAUUCCGGAGACAAUUGUGAAGAAGCCGAUAUCUGUGUUUCGCAGCCGUGUAUGAACGGCGGCUACUGUAUUGGGGAUGUUGAUUCCAGCUAUUUUAGUAGUUUCGAUGGUCCUUGUCUUUGCAAUAUUGGAUAUGGAGGCGACUAUUGUGAUGACGAGGAUCAAUAUAGUUCGAAUUGGACUUUUCCAUUGAGUCCUUUGGAAUAUUCUGAGUCAUGGGUUACUGGGUAUUAUUCAUCGGCUACUACGGAUUGGCCACCAAUGGUCUCUAAACAGGAUAGUACUUUUGAUGAGGACCCGUGCAAAUGUAACCCUUGUUUAAACGGUGGCACGUGUGAAAAUAUCGGCUACUACUACCCAUACCUUCCGUUUUACUGUGAAUGCCUUCCUGGCUUUGGUGGCACUACAUGCGCAAUAGAUAUCACGUGUGAUCAUAACUUUUGUAGAAACGGAGGAACAUGCGUGACGAUGGAAGAAUAUGCCGUUAGUUACUGUUAUUGUCCUGAGGAUGUGACAGGAGACUUUUGUGAAUACACACCAUGCAGCGGUAGACCAUGUCUGAAUGGUGGAACUUGUCGCCCCUUCCAUGGUGAUACCUACAUCUGCACUUGCCCUCCAGGUACAUCUGGGGAUGACUGUCAAUUCCAUGAUGAAGCUGUUUGUGCUGAUUCACCUUGUAAGAAUUAUGGAAGCUGUAUGGAAUUCCAAAAAGCAGCCGAUUGUUCGUGCGUUCCCGGUUUUACGGGAAAAUUCUGUGAGAUCGCUGUCGAAAAGGCUCUGUGUCCCGACGGAACACCUCCAGAUACCUGCUUAUUUGACCCGUGUCACGUGGCUAGGUGUCCGAGGAACCCGAAUGCUCGUUGCGCGUCUAACUACUGCGGAUGCAUCGCGGAAUACUAUGACGAAAAUGGCAAUAUUGUCGACUGUCAUAACUGCCCAUUAGGAGACAUGGUGACGUGCGUGAUAGACCCUUGCACCGUCAUGACCUGCGACAAAUAUCCAACAGCUGAGUGUCAAGUGAACUACUGCGGGGAAUGCAAAGCAGAAUUUUUCGAUGACCAAGGGAAUCAACUGAAUUGCGAAACCACUUGCUUGUAUAAGGGACAGAAUUACAACGAACAGGAUCAACGAGAUCAUGAAGAUGCGUGCAACACUUGUACCUGUUUAAAAGAUGGAAUGUGGGCUUGUACAGAAAAAGCAUGUCAAAACACCAUUCUUCAGUUGGGCUUCAGUUUAGCAUUCGAUUUCGACCGUAUCGAGAACAACCAAGAAGAAUUUAAAAAUGACAUUAAAGACACGUUGGCAUCAAGAUUUGGAAUCCCAAAAGAAAAUAUCAAAGACAUACAG